AUGCAGAGUAUACGAGAGAUGGAACAGACGGAGAAAAGAGCACGUAUAGCUGUCCGAAGUCACCUCUUUGCAAAAGCUUGGAUGUUCUCAGUGCCGCUUGCUGCUUUCCAGGAAAAAGAUCGAGCUCCUAUAAUUCACCGCGAAAAUUUCGGAGAUGAACAGCAAAGACCUGCGACUUCUUUUGUAGAGCGCGAUUCGGGCCUUGUUACUGGGGGCGGUGGUGAUGAUAAAUCUAGCAAUACCCCCACCGCCGGUAAGAAGAUUACCCACAAGACCCCUCUGCCGAGCGACCGUAGAGACGGAUCAGAAAUGCCACUCGAUUCAACACUCAGUCCCUUACAUUCUCCACAUGUGCCACGGAUCAUCAAGGAGAUACCCAAUCCAAUUUGCCCUUUCCUGUAUAAUCACUCCAUCGGUAGAUUUUGUUUUCAUUGUCGAUAUAUGGAAAUGCCAUGGAGAGACAGACUUCCAGUGGCUCUCGACACGAACGGCAACAAAAUCCAAGUCCCCCCCCAAGGUGCAUUGCUAGAGGGUGUAAGAAACUUAACUGAGCCCUUCGAGAUUGCCCAGCUUGCUCUACUUAUCGAGUUUCGCAUCAUAGAACAAGAUCUUGCCACCAUCCCUGGUCUCGUUGCAACUUUUAAGUACUUCCCACAUUUGCAUGAUGUUGCUCAUAGAAUUGCAAAUAUGGUCAAAGAGCUUCGAACCUUGGCUGAUGAAGGUGAGAGCGAACGAGUACCACAAUGGUUCGAUACACUCCAUGAGUUGUUGAAAGAUCCCAAUUUGACGCACGACCGAUACUUCGCACAGACAACUGGAGAGUGGAACUUCCAAGCAAAGAAUCCAGCACCUGCCGUUAAAAAAGCUCGAAUCUCAACACGAUUUUUGACCGGUAUUCCAGUGAUGCUUACCAGAGAGGAUGCGAUAAACUAUGAAAACACUCGCGACGGGCGCACCGAAGCUGAGGCUCGUGAACUUAUGAAUCAUCUCAAUAGGAACGAGAGCAGAGGUCCAGGAUAUGUUCAAUUCACGUUCGACUUUGUAAGUUGGUUGAGGGAAGGAGCGCAUAGCACUGGUAAUGAUGCUCCACAAUGGAGUCCCCGCUACGUUCAAGAGUAUUAUACGCAUAUAACACCACGUUUUCGCGAAGAGGCCUCGGAAGUUGAGCUCUACGAUAGCAAUGAUGAUGAAGAAGAACUUGAAGGGGCUUACUUUCGUAAGAUUCCAGAAGUUAAGAAGAAUACACCAGGUCGUGCCAAUGUUACAUGGCGUUUUGUUGAAGGAACAGACAUCACAAAUGCACAACUCGGAAACCCAGACCCUAGCAAGUUCUAUUUGACUCGCCAAAAUGUCGAUGAUCCCGAAGAAGUUGAUCUCCGUCAAUACGCACAAAUUGCCGGAUUUGACUGGAAUGAUCCUGCCGACAUCAAGAAGCUCAAUAAGGCUAGAGCUCAGAAUCGUAAGCGUACACAUGGUAACAUUGCCGAAACACGAAUUCCAUGGACACAGCUGGAAAAGGAUAAACUCUUUGAAGAGGUACAAGAUGCGAUUAGAGUCGGUGAGACAAGACAUACGAUUGACUGGGAUGAGAUCGCAGACAGACUCAGACAGAGAUUCGAUGGCUUUGUACAGAAGAAGGGAUCUAAGUUGGCACCAGGAGUUGAGAGAGAACUAAAGAAUGGCAAGAAAGAUAGAACUCUCAAGACUAGUCACAGCGACCGCGUAGGUUACAAUCGCACUGGCUCUGCAACGGAGACACAAGCCUUGAAAUACCCAGAUAUUCUCAAGUUGAUCAAUGAUGCAACUGGAAUUGGUGGAAAGGGAGGACGUGGCAUGCUCAGAGGUCCCUAUCGACCCCCGCAAGCUGCUGGUGACGAGAAGAAAGAAUCCAACAGUCAACCAACAAAGGAAGACACGCGCGUCGCCCGCAGCAGCUUUUCACAGGCUAUUAAUGAUGAACAAGAUGAGGAUGACGAUUCACCAACAAAGAAACACAAGAGUAGGGCUUCCGGCACGAUGUAUAAUGCGCCGACCAAAGAGCUUAAUCCGUUGGCAAAGCGAACUCUGGACCUUCCUAGCAAGAGAUUUGUGCACAUGUUCGAUGAUGUAUAUGAUACAGGAAAUGGUCGUGCAGCAAAGAAGCCAAAGAUUAUUCACCGUCGCUAUUCAAGCAGCCCACCUCCUCGUAUGUUAAAGAAGCACAACGAUAAUGAAGAGGAUGAUGGAUCACCACCUUCAACAUCCCAACCAUCUGCAUUGAACACUGCGUUUGGGUUGAAGCUUCCCAAGAGUAGUGCAAAGCAGUUUGACGCCACUUCAGGCAGGAAAUAG